AGCAGCAGCAUCCACUACUCUCCAAAGUCCAACCAUAACGGAAACAAAAACACAAACUCGUUCUACAAUCCAACAAUGUCGCCGCCACCAUGGGAAGCUCUCAUCCUCGUAGCCACUUACCUUGACCCCAAAACCCUAGCCAUGGCCUCAUGCGUCUCAAAGUCAUGGUUCUCUUCCAUGUCCUCUGACAUCAUUUGGAAACCCAUAUUAGCCACCCACUUCCCCUCUCUCUCCACCCUUCCCUCCUCCGCCCCCACUGUCGCCUACCGCCGUCUAUUCUCGAUGGGCCACACCGCCACCACGCACCGCCUCCGGGGACCCUCGAAGCCGAGCCUCUCGCUCGGUGACCUCGUCUUCGCCGUCUCCAUCUGCACGCGCGACUCUAACAUUGUCUCCAUUGCGAGCCCUUGUGACGCGCUGCGCGUGGACGCACCUGGGGUGUUUCGCUUCGGCGUGGGCUGCGACGGCGCCGUUUUGAGGGAGGGGGUGGAAGAGGUGAGGAUGGCGUGGAACGUGGUGUUGAGAGGGUGGCGAGGGGUUUUCACGAUGAUGGAGCGCGUGGGGAAGGUGGGGUUCGCGCCCGGCGGCGAGGGGUGGUUCUCGCAGGAGCUGCCAGCGCCGGGGUGUUGCUCCGGUGCGGUGGAGAGUGCGGUGGUGGCGGAUUUGAAGGUGAGGAUGUGUGGAGGGGAGGAUAAGAAUGUGAAUGGGGUUAGGGUGAACGAGGUGAGUGUGGGGAUUUUAAGUGUUGUGGAUUGGAGGUACGUUAGGGUUGAAGAUGGGCUUAGGUACUUGCAACAUUUUCUUCUCACUAACUAUGCAAACUAAUUAGCAAGGGAGGAAAUGAAAAACCAAAAAAUAAUGUUACUUUGUAGGCUAAAGUAUAUCUGAAGGAUUUUGAGUUUUCUAAUGCCUAGGUUCUUUUGACAUUUGUUCUGUAUCUUUUCAUUUUCUUCC